AUGCUUUUCUUUGCCAGUCCGAUCGGGAGAAAGCUGUUUAAGAUGAAGUUGAAGCCUUAUAUUCCAGAUUUCAAAUUGGCUUUCGAACAUUUCUGCAUUCACGCUGGUGGAAAAGCAGUGUUGAACGAANUGGCUUUCGAACAUUUCUGCAUUCACGGUGGUGGAAAAGCAGUGUUGAACGAACUAGAGAAAAACCUGCAGCUAUCGAAUUGGCACAUGGGGCCUUCGAGAAUGACACUUCACCGAAUUGGUAACACACCGAGCAGCUCUCUUUGGUGCGAAAUGGCAUAUUCAGAGGCCAGAGGGAGGAUUAAGAGGAGACAGUACAUGGCAGAUAGCCAUUGGAUCUGGGUUCAAAUGUAA